AUGCCAAUUAGGUGGCUUGCAACAAUACCAGCUUCCAAUACUAUUAUUGAACGUCUGUCUUCAACAACGAAAAAUGUUGUUACAGAAAAAACAACACGUUUAGAUUGUGAAAAAAUAAAUCAAAUGCUGUUUUUACAAAAGAAUAUGGAAAUUUUUAAAGAAUUAUUAAAUAGUGAUUUUCGUCGAAAACGAACAGCAUCAAUGUCAUGGACAACAACAGUAUCUUCUGAAGAAUCAACCUGCACAGCUCCUAAACAAUUAUGCCUCGAUGUCGACGAUAGUUUCAAUCAUUUUAAUAAAUAG